AAGAAAUACAAAACCGGUUUUUUACCGCUGUUUGUCGAUAUUAUCACAAAACACAAAUCAUGUUUGGCGUUCCGUAGCUGAGUAAAAACUGCGAGUUAUUUUAAAAGAAGAAGGUAGGACAGUGUUCUCCAGACGGGGAGACUGGAGCCAUGGCAGCUGCACAGUCUGUCUUGAUGUUUGCAGUGUGCAUCCUGGUGAUAACAGAGCUGAUUCUCGCCAGGAAGGACUACUAUGAUAUACUGGGAGUGCCCAAAGGUGCAGCUGAACGCCAGAUAAAAAAGGCUUUCCACAAGCUCGCUAUGAAAUUCCACCCAGAUAAGAACAAGAGUCCAGAUGCUGAACUGAGAUUCAGAGAAAUUGCUGAAGCGUACGAAGUUCUGUCAGAUGAGUCCAAGAGACGAGAGUACGAUCAGUUCGGUGAUACUUCCUACUUCACCAGGGAGACGCAGGGCGGAAAGAGAUCAGACUCUCACCAACCUUUCAGCUUCAACUUUGACGACAUGUUUAAGGACUUCAACAUCUACAGCCAGAACAGACACGCCAACCGACACAGGAGACACUUUGAAGACCAGUCCAGGUCCAACAAGGAGUCCUACAGCAGACACAAGAGACACUUCCAGGGUGGUUUUGGAGCAGGUGUCUUUGAUGACAUGUUUGAAGACAUGGAGAGAAUGUUUACUUUCAACAAACAUGCCAAACAGACAGAAAGCAAGUUUGAUGGCGCACCGAAACAGCACUGUCGAACAGUGACCCAGCGCAGAGGAAACAUGGUGACCACGUAUACAGACUGCACUGCUUCAUGAGGAGGAUACAGCACUGUGGUCAUGGUUGAGAUGCAGAAAACUACUUUGUUAAAAGAUUGUGAAAUGUUUAAAACUGAAGAUGCAAACUGGCAUUCAUAUUAUUAUAUAUUUGCUCUGAAGUUGAAGUUUUUGUUAUGUAAAUUCCUGACUAAUUGAAUGUAGACAUUUUUUGCGCACUGUUGGAGAAAGAUGAAGAGGAGUGUUUUUUUGAAUGGCGCUCAAGCACCUUUUGUCAGUCCUGAAAGUUAAAAGCAUCAAUUUCAUCUCUGAAAAUUUUAAACAUCGUCCUCAAUGACAAAAAGAAAAAAAAUACAUGCAUCAGACCACAGUAAUUAUUGAAACACUCCUUUUUUAGGAGAGAGACAAUUUAUAGUUUCCUUGUAUAGACUUUAGUUUAGUUCUUAUUUACAGCUAUCUCUUUGCUUGUUAAUUGUUUAACUUGUGUUUUAAAAUUGUUACAAUUUUUUUUAAAUACUCCUGUGCUCUACACUGCCAGUCAUGUUGUUUUAAGCUUUCUAUACUAGAAUUUGUGGUUAAACCACCAUCAGCACGUCUGUAAAAGUAAAAAAAAAAAAAAAAAAAAAGCAAA